AUGCAAGACACUAGAACAAGUUACUAUGUUCAAAACGAUCUUGAGCGCAUGUUCGAUGAGUUGAAAGGUGUGCUGCUUCGACACCAACCCACCGCCCCUGUGGAGUUUGCAAUCGGUUGUUUGAAUGCCAUUCAGCAGAAGAAGAGGGAAUCGAACGAGCCGCUUCAAUAUUCGAAGGUAUUUUCCGAGUAUGCGUAUUCAAUCGACACAAAUAGUCAGCGCAACAAUCCGCCGAAACCCAAAAUGUCUCACGGGUUAGGCAAGAAACGACUAAGGGCAGACGAAGAACACAUUACUUCACUUCCUUAUCCGACCUCGUCUACGUCGUCAUUACAACCGUUCAACGAGGAAAAUCAGAGCCAACGGUAUCCUCCUUUUGCCAGCUCAUCAUCAAUCCGAACUCUCUCCCCUCGCUUUCAAAACAAUCAACCGCCACCCUUCAGCAAAAAUCGCCGUAACUCUGUUAGCGCAGAAUCAAUAAGACCCUCGGAACAUUGUAAUAAUUUUCCAUUAUACGUAAAAGAUGCGAUAUCAAAGAGACAGAUCGAAGAAGCUACUCAAAAUAAUUUGCUCUUUCGCGAUAUGGAUAAGGAAAUCAAAGAUAAAGUAUUGGAUGCCAUGUUCGAAAAGCCCGUAAAAAAAGACGAAGUUGUUAUUCGUCAAGGAGACGAAGGUGAUAAUUUUUAUGUUGUUACUCACGGUAUGUUCGAAAUAUCAGUAAAUGGCCGUGUAGUCAUUACGGUCGCUGACGGCGGGAGCUUUGGUGAACUUGCUCUCAUGUAUAAUACACCACGAGCAGCUACUGUAAAGGCAAUUACCGAUGGCACUCUUUGGGCUGUAGAUAGAAGGACCUUUCUUAGUACAAUUGCUACCUAUGUGGAUCACAAAAGAAAAAGUUAUGAGAGCUUUUUGACAUCUAUUGAUAUAUUUAACGGCCUCCACCCAUCCGAAAUUAGUAAACUUGCAGAUGCAUUAGAACCUGUAGAAUAUAGAGAUGGUGAUAAAAUCAUCAAACAAGGUGAUCCUGGAGAUUAUUUUUACAUUAUUGAGGAAGGUUAUGUCGGCGUAUGGAAAGAAUUUGAAAAUGGUAACAACCACUAUUUAUCGACUCUUUCAAACGGACAUUACUUUGGCGAACUUGCUCUUAUCGAAGAUAAGCCACGUAAAGCUACAAUCAUUGCCAAAGGAUCGGUUAAACUCGUGGCUCUUAAACGCGAUGCUUUCGAUCGUCUCUUGGGAUCAAUCGGAAAAGUUAUGGAUAUCAUUAGCAAAAACGCACAAUCUUAUGAUAUAAUUGAAUACCAACAUCAUCAACCACUUUCUCCCGCUUCGCCCGUACCCGAGAGUAUGGUUAUCGAUAGUAUUCCGACAUCUCGUGAUCAAAUCACUACUAGGAGAAGUGGAUAUAGUGGAGCUGGUGGUGUGAAUGUGUUGUAA